UUCACAGAUCCGCUGCCUGGACUCGUGAGCUCAGAGGGAAGCUGCAAGUUCUUCGUGUUUAUCUGCAGUUAUAGUUUAUAAUAUUUGUUGUUAAGGAGAUAUCGGACAAAUGUAGCUACUCACGCACGCUUUGACGAGGAAAGUCCACGGUGUGAAGUAUGUGACUUAGUGGCAUCCAUUGUGUGUUGGCCUCUCACCAAGUCUGUCAGCAGAAAUUGGAGCUCUGCAGUCAUCAGCCGGUGCAUGAAAAAGUCCUUCCAAUGUCUUUAAUAGAGGAUAUUCUAGAUGUGCUGCGCGUCGUCCUGGAGUACUUUGGGGUGCCUCCGGACAUGCUGGUUCCAGUGUGGGACAGUCAGCUGUGCGGUCAGUAUCGCAGCAUUGUGCGGAUGAUUGGGACCAACCUCCCACUGACACCUUCACCACGAAUCCACUUUCAGAUCCCCCUUCUCACCCAUCGGCCCCAGGGUUAUGUGGACGUCACCGCGGAGACGCCGUCCAUCCCCUCGUUCGCUGAUGUCAUGUGGGUGUUCGAGGAUGAAGGGGAGAGCUUUGCUAAGACCAGGAACCAUUUACCUCCAAAGAAGCAAAGUACUGUAAACCAGAAUGUGGUGAGAUACCCAGGACCGGCCCAGCCGAGUAAAGCCCAGAGAGGAGGCGGACCUGUGAGGCAGACAGCUGAUCCAGAGGCUCUGAGGAAGAUCACAGCGCUGGAGAGCGAGCUGCUCAAACUACGAGCUCAGAUAGCCAUGAUCGUUACUGCAGCUCCAGGCUCAGGUCUGACCGAGCCCCAGAAUACCAUAGGCACGCCUUUGAUGUCUCCUCCCCCUCCGCCAGCUCUCACCUCCACACCUCGCUGUGCUGCUCCUCCCCCACCGCCGCCUCCACCUCCUCCUCCUCUUCCUCUUCCUUCCUGCCCAGCCGCCUCCUCUGACUCUGUUUUAGAGCUGAUCCGCCAGCGCAGGAGGAACGAGAAAAACCUUGACAAGCCGCAGGACUCCAAAGUUAAAGGGAUGCCGUCCAUGCUGGAUGUUCUCAAGGACUUAAAUCAAGUUAAACUGCGCUCAGUGGAGAGAUCACCUGGGGGGACACCGGUCAGAAAGAGACGCAGUAAGGGAGGUACAGCAUUGCUCAGUGACCCAGCAGCUCUAAUCGCAGAAGCGUUGAAGAGAAAGUUCGCUCAGCAUCGCCACAACAACUCCUCUGAUAAGGAGAACUCGCUUGAGCUCUCGCCGUUUGGCAGUCCAGAAACACCCAAGGUCCCUCUCCACAUGAGACGCAGUCAGGGUCGCCUCCACCUCUGAUCCUGUCGAUCUGACCCCGAAAUGUCAAACUCAGACGCCCCAUCAGCCAAUAACAGCUCCCACAGAUGUGCCUCACAGACAGAUUACUACUGCAGCUACUGAUUUACAUUUCAUUUUUUAUUUUUGUUUGUCUGUUAUUCUGUUGUUCUUGUAGGAGUGUUUGUCUCACAAUGAACAAUGUUUCUUUGUUGGGAGGCUUGAAUGUACGUUUGUUACUCAGUUCGCUGUGAACGAAGGUUUGGGUACGGUUGUUUUGUACAGUUUCCAGUGUUAUUCAUACAGUAAUGAUACCUUGAGGUGAAAUAAUGUGUUUAAGUAGUGUAGCUACCUGCUUUAACGUCUCUAACGUCACUUUGUGAGGCCUUAUAAUUCUUACCUCAACCAAGUGAAACGAGUAACAGCGGGUACUGAGAUUCACACAGCUCUGUCCUAUGCAACUGCUGUUUCAGCUUCUUUUAUUGUAUUAAAGUGUUAAAGUGCACUGA